GACUUUAUUAUUUUAGCAUCACGGCAGCAGGUUUCUGCUAAGUUUGGAGUUACUCUUGUCAUCACAACUGUAUGCCUGCUCGUUGUAGUUAAAACCCGGGGGUCUGCAGCACAAGGAGUCUGCAUGUCUAAUCAAUAGACAUGCUCAGCUUUGUGGAUACUCGGAUUGUGUUGCUGCUUGCAGUAACUUCUUACCUAGCAUCAUGCCAAUACCAAACGGGACCAAAGGGUCCUCAGGGAGACAAAGGGCCCUCAGGUGACAGGGGUCUUCCUGGUGUCCCUGGUAGAGAUGGCAAGCCCGGUCUUCCUGGUCCUCCUGGCCCCCCUGGCCCACCUGGCCUCGGAGGAAACUUUGCUGCUCAGUAUGACCAAACAAAAUCCGCAGACCCAGGCCCAGGACCCAUGGGUCUGAUGGGACUUAGAGGCCCUGCUGGACCUCCAGGUGCACCUGGUCCUCAAGGUUUCCAGGGACACCCUGGAGAGCCCGGAGAACCAGGACAGACCGGCCCAGUUGGUGCUCGUGGACCCCCAGGAGCAUCUGGAAAACCUGGUGAAGAUGGCAACCCUGGUAGAUCUGGCAAACCUGGUGACAGAGGCCCCGCUGGUGCUCAGGGAGCUCGUGGUUUCCCUGGAACCCCUGGUCUUCCUGGAAUGAAGGGACACAGAGGUUACACUGGCUUGGAUGGACGCAAAGGAGAGCCUGGAGCUGCUGGAUCCAAGGGUGAACCUGGUGCUCAUGGUGAGAACGGUACUCCUGGUCAGAUGGGCGCUCGUGGUCUCCCGGGUGAGAGAGGUCGCGUUGGUCCUGGCGGCUCCGCUGGUGCUCGUGGAAGCGAUGGCAACGCUGGCCCCACUGGCCCCGCUGGUCCCAUUGGCGCUGCAGGUCCUCCAGGAUUCCCUGGUGCCCCUGGUCAGAAGGGAGAGAAUGGCGCUGCUGGUGCCAAUGGUCCUACUGGACCUCAGGGUGCACGUGGUGAGCCAGGUCCUGCUGGUGCUGUGGGUCCCGCGGGUCCUCCUGGAAAUCCUGGCAACAAUGGUCUGUCUGGAGCUAAAGGAGCUGCUGGUCCCCCUGGUAUUGCUGGAGCCCCCGGUUUCCCAGGCCCCAGAGGAGGCCCUGGCCCACAAGGACCUUCUGGUGCCGCCGGACUCAGAGGCAACAGUGGAGAGCCUGGCCCCGCUGGCCCCAAGGGUGAGACUGGAUCCAAGGGUGAGCCCGGUAACGUCGGUGCCCAUGGUCCACCUGGUCCUGCCGGAGAAGAGGGAAAGAGAGGUCCAACUGGUGAGCCCGGUUCCACCGGACCAGCUGGCAACCGUGGAGAAAGAGGAGUGACUGGAUCUCGUGGUCUCCCUGGACUUGAAGGCAGAGCUGGUCCUAUGGGCAUGCCUGGAGCACGGGGAGCUACUGGUGCUGGUGGUCCUCGCGGUCCCCCUGGCGAUGGCGGCCGCCCUGGAGAGCCUGGUCAAACUGGCGCGAGGGGUCUCCCUGGCAGCCCUGGCAGCUCUGGACCUGCAGGAAAGGAAGGCCCUGCUGGUGCUCCUGGUCAAGAUGGUCGCUCCGGUCCCCCUGGCCCUGCUGGUCCCAGAGGUCAGCCUGGGAACAUUGGAUUCCCUGGUCCUAAGGGCCCUGCUGGUGAGCCUGGCAAGCCUGGAGAGAGAGGAUCAGCUGGCCCUGCCGGUCAAAGAGGAGCCGCUGGCCCUGAUGGCAACAACGGAGCUGCUGGCCCACCUGGACCUUCUGGUAACGCUGGUGAGAAAGGAGAACAAGGUCCCUCUGGUGCCCCUGGCUUCCAGGGUCUUCCUGGUCCUGCUGGCCCUGCUGGUGAGACUGGUAAAGCUGGAGACAGAGGAAUCCCAGGUGAUGCUGGCCUCCCAGGUCCUGCAGGUCCAAGAGGUGAGCGUGGUAACCCAGGCCCUGCCGGCUCUCAGGGACCCGCCGGGCCCAUCGGCGCACGCGGUGCCUCCGGAACCCCUGGCCCUGACGGAAGCAAGGGUGAGCCUGGUGUAGCUGGAACUGUUGGUGCUGCUGGUCCCCAGGGUGCCUCUGGCAUGCCAGGUGAGCGUGGUGGUGCUGGUACUCCUGGUCCCAAGGGUGAAAAGGGUGAGACCGGCCCAAGAGGUUACGAAGGUAACCCAGGCAGAGAUGGUGCCCGUGGAGCUCCUGGACCUAGCGGACCCCCUGGACCCUCAGGCUCUAAUGGUGACAAGGGUGAAGCUGGUGCUUUUGGUCCUAGCGGCCCUGCUGGCCCUCGUGGUUCCCCUGGAGAGCGUGGUGAGCCCGGCCCUGCUGGACCUCCUGGCUUUGCUGGUCCUCCUGGUGCUGAUGGCCAGCCUGGAGCAAGAGGCGAGAGAGGUCCUGGUGGACCCAAAGGAGAACCUGGUCCUCAGGGUGCUGCUGGUCCCGCUGGUGCUGCUGGACCCUCUGGUCCUUCUGGUCCUGGUGGACCCCCUGGUGCUCGUGGUGAUGCUGGCCCUACUGGUGCUACUGGUUUCCCUGGUGCUGCUGGCAGAGUUGGACCCCCUGGUCCUUCUGGAAUUGUUGGACCCGCUGGCCCCACUGGCCCAGCUGGAAAGGAUGGUCCCAGAGGUGCCCGUGGUGACUCUGGCCCUGCAGGACGUCCCGGAGAGCAAGGAAUUGGAGGCCCUCCAGGCCCAUCUGGAGAGAAAGGCCCAUCUGGCGAAUCUGGUCCUCCCGGCGCCCCUGGCACCCCCGGCCCUCAGGGUGUCCUCGGCUCUCCUGGUAACGUUGGUCUUCCUGGCGCAAGAGGCGACCGCGGUCUCCCUGGCGGCGCAGGUGCAGUUGGUGAGCCUGGAAAACUGGGCCCCGCAGGAUCUUCUGGACCCCGCGGACCUCCUGGCAACAUGGGACCCCCUGGAAUGAGCGGGCCACCUGGAGAAGCUGGUCGCGACGGAAACCCUGGUAACGAUGGACCUCCUGGACGCCCUGGUGCUGCUGGUGUCAAGGGAGAUCGUGGUGAGCCUGGCUCUCCUGGUAGCUCUGGCCCUGCUGGCGCUCCUGGACCUAAUGGACCCGCUGGCGCAGUUGGCCGUCCUGGAAACCGUGGAGAGGCUGGUCCCGCUGGUUCUUCCGGACCUUCUGGCUCCGCUGGCCCAAGAGGCGCACCUGGCCCUCAAGGUCCCCGUGGUGAGAAGGGCGUUGCUGGUUACAAGGGUGAGAGAGGCAUGAAGGGAAUGAGAGGACACACCGGCCUGCAGGGUCUGCCCGGCCCCAUGGGUCCUUCUGGUGAACAAGGUUCUGCUGGUGCAACUGGUCCUUCUGGCCCAAGAGGUCCUGCUGGUCCAAGUGGUCCCCCUGGAAAGGAUGGCCGAUCUGGAAUGUCUGGUGCUAUGGGACCUGCUGGCCAUCGUGGUCCCCCAGGACACAGUGGCCCAGCCGGUCCCCCUGGACCUCCUGGUGUUCCCGGACCCCCUGGUGCUGCUGGAGGUGGCUAUGAUGUGUCUGGUUAUGAUGAGUACAGAGCUGACCAGGCUGCCCUGAGGGCCAAGGACUACGAGGUUGACGCCACCCUGAAGUCCCUGAACACCCAGAUCGAGAACCUGCUCACACCCGAGGGCUCCAGAAAGAACCCAGCUCGUACCUGCCGUGACAUCAGACUCAGCCACCCAGAAUGGAGCAGUGGAUAUUACUGGAUUGACCCCAACCAGGGCUGCACUAUGGAUGCCAUCAAGGUUCACUGCGACUUCACCACUGGAGAGACAUGCAUCUACCCCAACCCUGCAACCAUUGAACGCAAGAACUGGUACAGAAAUGCUCAGGACAAGAAGCACGUCUGGUUUGGAGAGACCAUCAAUGGUGGCAGUCAGUUCGAGUACAACGACGAGAGCAUGACUCCUCAAGUCAUGGCCACCCAGCUCGCCUUCAUGCGCCUCCUGGCCAACCACGCCUCCCAGAACAUCACCUACCACUGCAAGAACAGCGUUGCCUACAUGGACGCUGAGGCCGGAAACCUGAAGAAGGCUGUGCUGCUGCAGGGCUCCAACGACGUUGAGCUCAGAGCUGAAGGCAACAGCCGCUUCACGUUCAGCGUGCUGGAGGACGGAUGCACGAGACACACUGGCCAGUGGGGCAAGACAGUCAUCGAAUACAGAACAACGAAACCAUCUCGCCUGCCCAUCCUGGACAUUGCACCUUUGGACAUUGGUGGAGCUGAUCAAGAAUUUGGUUUGGACAUUGGCCCAGUCUGUUUCAAAUAAAUAGACUCAUGAUAAAUUAAAAAAAAAAAACAAACAAAAUUCUCUCUGCCAUUUCUUUUUUUAUACUGAAUGCUGAUUUCUUCUGCUCAUCCACUUGCUUAAGCUCGGGCCUAUCGGAGAAGACAUUGGACUGAACGGAGCAUUGUGCAAUGCAAUUUAAUACAGACCCCCAGGACUCGUGGGAAUCACCUUGUUGUGGGACAUGUCAGCAUUUGUAAAAUAAAAAGUGAAAUAAAAACGAUGAAAGUACGCACCACUUGUGGUCUUUGUAUAUCUUCCAAAGAGGAAGUUUAAAACCACAACUUCCAAAGGUUUAAACUACCUCAGACUUGUACUACAGCCUGAUCCACAUCCUUAAUAUAGCCUAAAAUAGGAAAGCUUUGAGCGUGGUCCUGUAUCAAAGGUGCUAAAUCCAGUAUUACACGGCUUAAGAUACUUGAAGCAGUGGUAUGGUGCUAUACUCCUUGGUGUUUUUCGAAACACGCAGCUGCGAUUGAAACCACUUUACUGUAUUACAUUGUGUUGUUCUGCAGAUGGAAUCUCGCCUUUCUCUCUGAUACCCCGUGUUAAGCAUGUGGAUCACUCCUAGGCCUGUUUGUUUUUUUUUUGUUUUUUUUUUGUUUCCCCCACCUUUUUCUUCAAUCCCGGUGUUCAUGCUUUAAAGCACAUUUCGUCCAUUUGAAUGGGUAAAAGGAGGCAUCUUUCUCAAAAAAAAAAUUUAUUGUACCUAUUUUGUAUAUGUGAGAUGUUUAAAUAAAUUGUGAAAAGUUCUGAAAUAAAGCAUGUCCAAUGUUCCAAAACAGAAAA